ACCAGGACUGUGCAGGGGCUGAAGCCAGCAGGCGCUCCGGUGGGCUGCAUCGCAGCCGCACAGCAGGAUGAUGGAGGCCCUCAACGUGUCCAACCCCCUCAACUUCACCCUGCCGCCCAACUUCGGCAAACGGCCCACAGACCUGGCCCUGAGCAUCUGCCUGGUGAUCAUGCUGCUCGUCAUCAUGCUCUCGCUGGGCUGCACCAUGGAGUACAGCAAGAUCAAGGCACACUUCUGGAAGCCCAAGGGGAUGAUCAUCGCCAUGGUGGCACAGUACGGCAUCAUGCCCCUCACCGCCUUCUCCCUGGGCAGGAUCUUCAAGCUGAACAACAUCGAGGCGCUGGCCAUCCUGGUCUGCGGCUGCUCCCCGGGGGGCAACCUGUCCAACAUCUUCAGUCUGGCCGUGAAGGGGGACAUGAACCUCAGCAUUGUGAUGACUACCUGCUCAACCUUCUGUGCCCUGGGCAUGAUGCCCCUCCUCCUGUAUGUCUACUCCAUGGGGAUCUAUGAUGGGGAUAUGACGAGCAAGGUGCCCUACAAAGGCAUCAUAACAUCACUGAUCGUGGUUCUCAUUCCUUGCACCAUAGGGAUUGUCAUCAACACUAAACGGCCGCAAUAUGUACGUAACGUCAUCAAGGUAGGGACGGUCAUCACGAUUCUGCUUAGUGUGGCUGUCAUAGUGCUCUCUGUCAUUAAUGUGGGCAACAGCAUCAUCUUUAUCAUGACACCACACAUGGUGGCAAUCUCCUCCAUAAUGCCCUUCACUGGCUUCCUGCUGGGCUACAUUCUCUCUGCUCUCUUCCGUCUCAAAGAACGGUGCAGGCGCACUGUCAGCAUGGAGACUGGAUUCCAAAACAUUCAACUCUGCUCCACCAUUCUCAACGUGACCUUUCCGCCUGAGGUCAUCGGACCACUCUUCUUCUUCCCUCUGCUCUAUAUGAUUUUCCAACUUGCAGAAGGGCUUCUCCUCAUUGCCAUCUACAGGUGCUAUAAGAAAAUGAAGCCUUCCAAGGAUAAAACGAAAGUGAUCUACACAGCUACCCCAACCGGAGAGGCAAUUCAAGCUCUGGGAAAUGGUACCCACACUGGAGAGGAAUAUGCAUACUGCACAGCCCAGCCUCCCACAGGGGACUGAAUUCUAUCCAGAAGGCAAUCCCGAAAGCCAGUAUGGGAAAACGACAGAGAACAGAAUGGUGACAUGAAAUACCAAUGGUGUCUAGUGGGGCCUCUGUCUUUCUCCCCAGCAUUUCCAACAGAUACUAUCAGAAAUAUUAAGUCUUGCCUGAAAGAGAGAAAUUGGUCUACAAAAAAACAAACAAAAAACCCAAAGCUCACCUAUCCCAAAUAUCCUCAGAAUUUGAUCACCGCUUACAAACUACAGGACUGCAUACUGAGAUGCCCAGAAAGGCAGAACCAAAACUGCCUUAUCCCCAUCAUCUCUAGAACAAUGCCUGAAAGGGAUUAUAAAAGACACCCAACUUCUGGACUAUUCAUUUUUUUUUAACCCUACAAAUUGAAAUGUCCUUUAUCAUAUUUGAACUUUUGUAUCCCAAAAGUGAAAUAAAUGCUGAGUGCUUUAGAACUGGACUCGGCUAUUUCAAACCAUGAGAUACUGGGGCCAGAGCAGCAGUGCAGUGGAUUUGCCUUGCAAACAUUUAGCUCAGGUUCUAGCCUCAGAACCCCAUAAGGAUCCCCACCCAAACAUGGCCAGAAAUUAUCUGAGUGCAGCGCCAACAAUAAAACCUGAGCACUGGUGGGUGUGCACCCCUCCCAGAAAAAAAAACUUUUUGUUUUUGAGAUCCUGGUGGGGCAGGAGACAGUACGGGGCAUAAAAUGCUUUCCUUGCAGCUGCUGACCCAGGUUCAAUCACAGGUACCACCAAUGGUUCCCCCAAGCAUGCUAGGAGCGAUUCCGAAGCACCAGUGGGUGUGGGCCCCAAACAACAAAAAGAUUCAGAUCCUGAAGCCAAGGACAUAAUCUCCAGUACCACAUGUCCAUGUCCUUUCCCCCACAACAUCAAUUAUAUUCCUGAAAGUGUGUAUUCCACCCUAAGCCACCAGGUCCGAAGCACCAAGAUUCAGAAGCACUGUGUCCUUGGACCCCAGCAUUGAACAGUACUAGCUAUAAGGUUAAGUGUCACUGGGAAUAGAACCUGGAUCCCAUUUCUUACCUUUUGAUAUUAUGGAAAUUAAAAUUAUUAAUAACAGAAACUCGGCAUCAAAUACGCAGCAGACAAGGUAAACGCAAAAGCAACAGGUAAGUUCCACCUUCGUAUGCAAUCAAAGGACACUACUGAAAAAUACAAUCCCAACCACCAUCUGCUUCACCCCUGAAAAGAUUAAUAUACUUGCAAAUAUCCUACUUUCUCAAUUUUCCUACUAA